ACACGAUUUAUUACAAUUCAAUAGUAGAUCUACUAAUAUAUUCAGUAAUUACUAUUUUUACCUACCAAACUUUAUCAAAAUGAGAGAAAUUGUUCAUAUGCAAACUGGCCAGUGUGGUAACCAGAUCGGAGCUAAGUUCUGGGAAGUGAUCUCUGAUGAACAUGGUAUUGACCCAACUGGAACUUACCACGGUGAUUCUGAUCUUCAAUUAGAGAGAAUCAAUGUAUAUUAUAAUGAAGCUACUGGUGGUAAAUAUGUACCAAGAGCUGUUCUUGUCGACUUGGAACCUGGUACCAUGGAUUCUGUACGCUCUGGUCCAUUUGGUCAGAUCUUCCGUCCUGAUAACUUUGUCUUUGGACAAUCUGGCGCCGGUAAUAACUGGGCUAAAGGGCAUUAUACAGAAGGUGCUGAAUUGGUGGAUUCCGUUCUUGAUGUAGUCCGUAAAGAAGCUGAGAGCUGUGAUUGUCUGCAAGGAUUCCAGUUGACCCAUUCUCUUGGUGGUGGUACUGGUUCUGGUAUGGGAACUCUACUCAUCAGUAAAAUCCGUGAAGAAUAUCCAGAUAGAAUUAUGAAUACUUUCUCUGUUUGUCCUUCACCAAAGGUUUCUGAUACAGUAGUUGAACCUUAUAAUGCUACUUUAUCAGUACAUCAACUAGUAGAAAAUACAGAUGAAACUUAUUGUAUUGAUAACGAAGCUUUAUAUGAUAUCUGUUUCCGUACAUUGAAACUGACCACACCAACUUAUGGUGAUUUGAAUCAUCUGGUAUCAGCUACAAUGUCUGGUGUUACAACAUGUUUAAGAUUUCCUGGUCAACUUAAUGCUGAUCUUCGUAAAUUAGCUGUUAAUAUGGUACCAUUUCCACGUCUUCAUUUCUUUAUGCCAGGAUUCGCUCCAUUAACAUCACGAGGGUCUCAACAAUAUAGAGCUCUAACUGUACCAGAACUUACUCAACAAAUGUUUGAUGCUAAAAAUAUGAUGGCAGCCUGUGAUCCUCGUCAUGGUCGUUAUCUAACGGUAGCUGCUAUGUUCAGAGGUCGUAUGUCAAUGAAGGAGGUUGAUGAACAGAUGUUGAACGUUCAGAAUAAAAAUAGCAGUUAUUUUGUAGAAUGGAUCCCUAACAAUGUCAAAACAGCUGUUUGUGACAUUCCACCAAGAGGUUUGAAGAUGUCCGGAACAUUUAUUGGAAAUACAACAGCUAUCCAAGAACUAUUUAAAAGAAUCUCUGAACAGUUUACUGUUAUGUUCAGAAGGAAAGCUUUCCUCCAUUGGUACACUGGUGAGGGUAUGGAUGAGAUGGAGUUUACUGAAGCUGAAUCUAAUAUGAAUGAUCUGGUAUCUGAAUAUCAACAGUACCAGGAUGCUACCGCUGAAGAAGAAGGAGAAUUUGAUGAAGAAGAAGGUGAAGCAGAUGAUGCUUAAUAUGAAUGGUCCUUUAGGUGCUGUUCAAUCGUGCUUGCGAAUGGCCUGAAAUUUAAUUACUAUUAAAAAUGUAUAAUAUAUGACGUUUUUAUCAAGGCUUUUAUAAGAUAAAUAUUUAUUAUCUAGUUUGUUUGGCUUGUUUUGAAUCAAAGUAUAUGGUAUGUCAAAAAACUGUUUGCACCUUGGACGAUUUCGCUCUGCGUUUUCGAACCCUCACAUACAACCCUGUAUGUGGAUGUUUCACAGACCAGUAUCAUUCAAAUUAUGUAGUAUCAAUUGACUAGCUAAGCUUUGUUGUCAAAGGAACACUAGUGCUGAGUAGCUUGACUUUCGAAUCUCAACGAUUUCUAUAGUUCCUAAUCAAUGGCAAAGAUUCCAUCUCAUGUUGGCAUACAAGGGAACGAAAUUGAGGACGAUCUCACAAGGACUAGGACUAUCGGAAAUUGCAGAAAUAAGAUAUCUAAAAGGGUACCAAAUCGACACUUUCAUUGAUGCUGAUAUUGAGAGUGAUUUUGCACCAGCCCAGUCGACAGAUCCGUCGGUCACUCUGAGAAGGAUGGACUAGGUAUGAAAUAACUGAUUUAAAACUACGUUCCUGUUGUGAAGUACAUUGCGAGCAUCUAAGUGAAGCCGGGUAACAGCUGGUCAAUAAAAUGGCAUUAUUUUUAGAAUCAGGAAUGAUCACAAAUUAUGUAGCACAUCAUUUUUUUUCUCAGAGAGGUAACAUUAAAAAGAAAAUUUU